GACAUCUAGAUAUAUGCCAUAACAUUCCACCCCUGCCUCCCAAAAGACUCUGCAGAUCCAUGAAUGCAAAAGGCAGCUGCCCAGGAAGCCAUCCUGCACGCAUCCGGAAGUGGCCCAUCCUCGCCCUCUAAGGACUACUGCAUGCUGUACAACCCACGAUGGAAGGAGCUCCCGAGUACCCUCGAAAAUGCAACUUCCUUAGCUUUGAUGAACCUCACCGCCACACCGCUGUGCAACAUUUCUGAAAUUCCUCCUGGUGGCAUAAAGAACAAAGCAGUUGUCGUGCAGUGGGAACCCUGCCCUUUCCUGCAGAAAGCCAGGGUGGCGCAGGCGGGAGGCGCGGAAGCCUUACUGGUGGCCAAUGGCAGUGUCGCCUUUUCUCCCUCUGGAAACAUAUCUGAAUUUCCUGAUAUGAAAAUACUAAUUGCAUUUAUAAAUCACAAAGACUUUAAAGACAUGGAACAGACGCUGGGAAGUAACAUCACCGUGGCAAUGUACUCUGUGGCCACGUAUUCUCCGUCUGGGCCCAACUUUGACUACACCAUGGCAGUUCUUUUUGUAAUUGCUGUAUUCACAGUGGCAUUAGGAGGCUAUUGGAGUGGACACAUUGAGUUGCAAAACAUGAAGGCAAUGACAGACACUGAAGACACAGAAAUGAAGAAAAAGAAAGAAGAAUAUUUAACCUUUAGCCCGCUCACAGUUGUAAUCUUUGUGGUCAUCUGCUGCGUUAUGAUGGUCCUACUCUAUUUCUUCUACAAAUGGCUGGUCUAUGUUAUGAUAGGGAUUUUCUGCCUAGCUUCGGCCAUGAGCCUCUACAACUGUCUGGCCGCGCUGAUUCAGAACAUCCCGUGUGGACGAUGCGCGAUUGCGUGUCGUGGCAAAAGUGUUGAAGUGAGACUUGUUUUUCUCUCUGCACUGUGCAUUGCGGUAGCUGUUGUUUGGGCUGUUUUUCGAAAUGAGGAUAGGUGGGCUUGGAUUUUACAGGAUAUCUUGGGGAUUGCUUUCUGUCUGAAUUUAAUUAAAACACUGAAGUUACCCAACUUUAAGUCCUGUGUGAUACUUCUGGGCCUUCUCCUACUUUAUGAUGUGUUUUUUGUUUUCAUAACACCAUUCAUCACAAAGAAUGGGGAGAGUAUCAUGGUUGAACUUGCAGCUGGACCAUUUGGGAACACUGAAAAGAAUGAUGGAAACUUUGUGGAAGGCGCUGCUCAGCCCUCAGCUCCCCAUGAGAAAUUGCCAGUCGUCAUCCGGGUGCCAAAGCUGAUCUAUUUCUCAGUGCUGAGCGUGUGCUUCACGCCUGUCUCCAUCUUGGGCUUCGGAGACAUCAUUGUACCAGGUCUAUUAAUUGCAUACUGUAGAAGAUUUGAUGUUCAAACCGGUUCUUCUUCUAUAUACUAUAUUUCUUCCAUAAUUGCCUACGCCGUUGGCAUGGUCCUCACCUUUGUUGUCCUGAUGCUGAUGAAGAAGGGCCAGCCUGCUCUCCUCUACUUAGUACCUUGCACGCUCAUUACUGCCUCUGUGGUUGCCUGGAGACGGAAGGAAAUGAAGAAGUUCUGGAAGGGCAGCGCCUAUCAGAUGAUGAGCCAUCUGGACUACUCAACAAAUGAAGAAAACCCAGUGCCUGCUGACGAGCAGAUUGCCCCGCAGUGAUCCUGUGCGGCCGCAGUAAUAUGCUCUUGAUUGUCUACCAAUGGAGUUUGACUUUCUAAAUCAACUUUUGAAUUGACAUCUGAAAGCAUUUUCAAUGACAUGUUUGCAAAUAUAUAUUUCUAUAAGCUGGUAUUGAUAAUUAUAAAAUAAUUAAAAUGCAUUUGCUUUUAAUUAUAUUGAAGUUGUGCCUUCACAUUAAUAAAAGCAUAUGGUCUGUGUAA